AUGUCGUCAGAGAAACACACCGAGCUGGUCCCGUCGGUCGUCGAGGCGGACAAGUCGAAGCCCGUCUUUCCACUCUUCACCGAGAACGCCAACGAUGGCUUCAGCAGGCGAGGCGAGGACGAGGAGGCGUCUGCAACCUGCCUCUGCGGCAAGGUGCAGAUCUCAGUCCCGACUAAAGGACCUGGAUUCAAGGGCACAUUCGUCUGUCACUGCACCGAUUGCCGCAAGAUCAGUGGAUCCAUGUUUGCGACCAACUUCACUGUCGCGCUUUCGCACCUCAAGUACGUGCGUGGGAAGGACGCCGUCAAGUCGUUCGGCCAGUCCGAGACGAUCGGCUCGCCGCGCAACGAACACACCAUGACCGAGUACUGGUGCGAUAACUGUGGCCGGCUCAUGUACCGCGUGUCGAGCGGCAUGCCCGACCUAGCUUUUGUGCGAGUCGGCGCCGUUGACGACUUCAGCCUGCACGAGUCGAUUCUCAAACCCGACAUCGAGCUGUUCACCAAGGACCGCGUCGGAUGGUUGCCACCUCUGGAGGGUGUGAAGCAGCACGCCACGAUGUGA